CCCAGGCCACGUUCCCCGCAACCCGCCUACCAGGCCGCCGCCUCCGCCCCGCAGCCCGCCUACCAGCAAUACCAGCCGGCCGCCUCUGCGCCGCAGCCAGCCUACCAAGCUGCCCCCUCUGCCCCGCAACCCGCCUACCAGCAGUACCAGCCUGCUGCCUCCGCUCCACAGCCCGCCUACCAGGCUGCACCUAACGCAUACAACCCAGCCUCUGCUUUCCCCAAGCAGCGUGCCUACAGACGAGUAAACCGAUCCCCCAACAGGCGUCAAUUUAGAAACUACUAAAGGCGGAUUGUAAAGUUGCUUGGCUGAGCUGAAGAAUUACAGAAUGGCCAAGGCUUUUGGUUCAAGCGGAUUCCUUCUUUGCUUAUUUACCGGAGUUCUUUUGAACCAAGAGCUUUGUCUUUCUAGCGAGUCCUAUCGGAGACAUAGUGAUUUUUUUUAGCAAUCCAAGCAAUUACGUAUAGGUUUUAUUGUAAAUCGAGAAUUCUUCGGCCAUACGACGUCAUCUCAAUAUGUUCGCAUGAAUGGUCAAUUGGGCUGUUAAUCAUUUGGUUUUGAAGUUGCAAGAUCUCUGACUCUAACCUGUUGUUCAUGUAAAUGAAUAUUGUUACCAUUAUCAACCUCGAAUUAAGGAUAUUAGUUUUUAAAAAAUUGCACACUUAAAACCCUUUUAUUUUUAGCCCAAUUUAGCUUUCCGUGCAAACUCUAACUAGGCAAAUUAAGUGCUGAUCUUGACUGGUCGAUUCUAGUAAUUGAGAAGAAAUUGUUGAACAUCCAGAGUAAAUAACCAAGUUGAGCUGGAGCCAAUGUCACACUAACCCUGUAAAUUGGCUCUGAAAAACAGACUAUAAACACAACUCUCUGUGGGAUAUAAAACCAAUGAGCCCUUGAGCUUUCAAAAGCCACAAUGAUCUCCUGGCCAUAAAUAAUAUCUACGCCUCAAAAACCGGUGCCUCUUCUAGAAAUUUUGUUUUGUUUUCUUUUUCCAUAACUUUCGAAUUGGUGGAGAAGUUUAUCUACUACUUGAAAGACGAACCAGAGAGCGCAGAAAAAUUUCUAGACUUGUCACUGGUUCUGAUGCUUAACUUCAGUACAUUCUGGAGCAAGCUGUGAUUUGUGAGAUCUCUCCCGUUAGGGAGAAAAAUUGUCAUUUUUUCAGGUUUCCUUUUCAUAAAAGAAAAUCUGAGAUUAAGGAGCAAUUAACCAUGUACAUUUCUUGUUUAUAUUUUUUCUAUCUGCUUGUAACUGUAUCCGAUACUUAAAACUCGAAGAAGCAAAGCAACCAAUCAAACUAGAUGUGUCUUUUUUUUCUAGUCUGUUCUACCUUUCCAGCCGUAAGCCUGGAUAAGAGUGCAAUUUUUCUCGAGGCGGGGUGGACCCCGCCUUGGAUUUUCAAACGAUUAAUAAAUUUUGAAUGAAUCCUA